UGGGUAAAUGCCUACCAAUCUCAGGGCGUGUGUGAGCCCAUUUAAACUCUCACUCAAGACAACACUUGACCGUAGGCGGCUUCGGCAUAGGCUACACACAUAGGGUCCUGCGUAGAGUGUAGAGGUGUAGCAAUAACACGACAAUGUCUUGUGCGAGGAAACAUGAGCUGGUAUCGUUAUUGACAUGAGGGCAUGCCUGACUUGUCCCUAGAUGAGAUCUGUGCGACAAGGACCAACCGCGCACGGAACACUUCGUCAUUGAUUAAUGCAAAUAGUUAAUUCUCUGAAUGCGAAUACAAUAAUUUCCCCCAUCAUUAUUAAUGACAAGAUGUCAAACAAAACAUUUGGAUGACUCGAACUGCGCCUCGAUAGGAUUUCAAAUAACAGGGAUUUGGGCAGGUAUGCGCAAUUUUUAUGUUCUCAUUGGAAUGCGCUCAUUUUUGGUAUAAACAAAAACAUGUGAUGCUGAAGCGCAUCUGCACUACCGGCGAGAAUAAUUCGACUAUUUGACUGUGUGCAGUUUUGUUGUCAUUGGAUUGGUGAAAACUCAUCCAACGGGAUUCUGAGCCUGUGAAACCACUUACAGCUCGUCUUCGAUUUGAGAUGCUGGCGAUUAACUGCGCUUUAAUUUUAGCGCUCAUGCAAAGCGGGACAGCCUCCAGGUGUGUAGACCAUGCCUGCAGUCCUCCCAUGGGCAACCUGGCCAGUGGCAGGAGCCUCACAUCCCUCUCAGGCUGCUGUGGGAAUGGGUCCCAACACUCCCCGUGCCCCACUCCCCUCCACCCCUGUCCAGUUGACCUUCACCCGCCUGCCCACAUGGUGGAUGAUCCCUUCCUGCACCCAGCCACCUGGUGGGCCUCGGGCGUGGGCACUGACCAGGAGGAGGAGGUCCGUCUGGACCUGGAGACUCGUUUCUGUCUGACCCACGUGGUGCUGCUGUUCCACUCCCCCAGGCCCGCUGCCAUGGCCAUGGAGCGCUCGCAGGACUUUGGUCGGACGUGGGAGACGCUCAAGCUGUUUGCACAGAACUGCAGUCUUGCAUUUGGUCUUCCUGAUGACACCGGUCAGCCUGGCUCGCUGUGUACGUCCCGAUACUCCAGUGCCAAGCCGUGCAGCAGGGGAGAGGUAAUAUUCCGGAUUCUGGGCCCUGGUGGAUUAGUUGACCCCUACAGUCCAGAGGGCCUUUCCCAGCUGACCCUCACCAACCUCCGCCUCAGACUUCUCAAGGCCCAGACCUGCCCAUUAUCUGUCGCACCUUCCACCUCUUCUUCCUCCAUUGGACUCUCCUACCCUCCUACGGACCUGAAUCUCCCCCUCCUCCCUUCCCCCCAGCCUAGCUCAGAGCCCCCUGCCUCAGCUCCCUUUGCCAUUUACACUUUCCUGGCUCGAGGGACCUGUCUCUGUCAUGGCCAUUCAGAACACUGUUUACACAGUGGCGGACAGGACACACUGAAGGACAUGGUGCCUGGCAGGUGCGUGUGCACUCACCACACAGCAGGACAACACUGUGAGAGGUGUGCCCCUCUAUACAAUGACCGUCCCUGGAGGGCAGCCAACGGCAGCAGUGGGGAGCCACACCCGUGCCACAAGUGUGAGUGUUACGGCCACGCGGCGAGCUGUCACUUCUCCCAGAGGGCGUGGCUGUCCUCAGGGGCCACCAGUGGGGGUGUCUGUGACGAAUGCCGACACAACACAGCAGGGCGCAGGUGCCAGCGCUGUCGCCACGGUUACCACCGCCACCCGGCCAUGCACCUUGGCUCCUCCCACAUCUGCACACGUUGUUGGUGUGACCCACUGGGCUCAUUACCAGCCAGCUCUGGGGAGGAGGGCCCAUGGUGCCACCCGAGGAGUGGACAGUGUCACUGCAGACCUGGUGUGGGGGGAACAGGCUGUAGCCACUGUCUCCCUGGGUACUGGGGCUUUGGGGAAGAGGGGUGCAAACCCUGUGCUUGUCCCCAAAACUGUGACCCCCACACUGGGCUUUGUCUUGACAGCAGCUAUGCAAAUAACCAGGUUUUCAAUGUCCCUAUGGGGGGAAAGAUUCCUGACAUGGACCAUGCCUUGACCAGUGAGGGCGAGGCAGUGUGGUCAAAGGAACUGGCAGUCUCUGCCAUGCACUACACAGGGAAAUGCAGCUGUAAGGAGAGAAAGUUGAGGAGUGUCUCGGAUCUCUGUAAGACCAAACAUGCCUAUGUGAUCAAAGCCAGUGUGUUGUCUGCUCAUGACAAGGGGAGCCACGCAGAGGUACAGGUCAAAGUUCGCAAGGUCCUGCGGUCAGGACAGGUGCCGCUCUCCCAUGGCACACACAGUCUCUACCCCAUAUCCUGGACUAUCCGGGGGUGCACCUGCCCCAUCCUUAAUCCAGGGGUGGAGUACAUGCUGGCGGGUCCAGAGGAGGCAGGGACAGGGCGGCUGCUGGUCACCAUGCAGAGUGUGGUGGUUCCCUGGACCUCCCAACUGGGGGCCCACAUAUCAGAGGGCCUAAGGCAGGGCUGCCCCUGAACACCCUCUCCAAACUCAUAACAGAGCACUCUGAAUGGAAAUGGACCAGGGGAAAUCACUGGUUCACUAGAUCAUUCAGGAAAAGGACAAACUCGGUGGAUAAGGCUUGACCAAGUGUCUUGACCAAUAAUUGCUAUGGAAAAUUGUGCCCAUAUAAGACUACAACCCUGCCAUAUGAUGCAAAGAGCGAUGGACUGGAUACUGGAAUCUUUAGAGCCAUUCUUAUGAUGAUGAUUUAACUUGAGCCAUCCCACAUACAGACAAACAUCCCCCUGGAAUCUACUAGACACAACAAACCCUAGUACACCAGUUUUUCAGACUGUGUAUAUCCAAAGCCAUGCCUUUUUAUGUCUACCAGGUUCUCAGUACAUUACAGUGCUGCUUUUGACUGCU